CGUUUGGACUUUUGAACUCGCGAAUACUGGCGAUUAUCUACAAACCGACAAAAUGCACAGAAGGCUUUUUUGUUCGAUUGUUCGAAAAUGUUCGAUUAACCAGGCUGAAUCUUCACUUGUGAGGUACCUUCGCAAAACUUGGGUCAAUCUGGCUUUGUUUUAUUGCAGAGGAUCAUCGGCGAUCACAUUCAACAUCAACCAGCUGCUGAGCGCCAUCCGAUCCCAGUUGUACUUUUCGCAAAUAACCGCAUGGUUGGUGACGCAAAAUAAGUCGGCCCCAUUAACCGCCGACAAUUUCCGGUACCGCCUGUCGAGCCCCGAGGGGCUGCUGGCCCCACUCACGUUCUCCCUAACGGCCUCGAGGCACGAAUUUCCCAGUACCGAUCUGGGCAAUGGCACCGCACUGAGCAUCACAUUUUCCAGCGCCCCCCGAUUGUCCGCCAAGCCGCACCUGGACUGCUGGCACAACGCUAUGGAGCUGAAGAAGGAGCUGGUUGACGAUCGAAUGCACACUUCGUGCACUGUGAAAGGAAAGCAUUGCUGCGAGGAAAUUGAGGAUCCGGACAAGCACCGAACGUACGGCGGCAAGCGAUCGAAGGCCGCAGACAAUGCAAAGAAUUAUUUGGACUUGGGCAAGCAAAUCGAAGAGGCGAAACAGGAUUUGGAAAGACACACGCGCCCGCACGAGCGUCGCCAUAAUUUAAAUGAUCUCAAAACUGUCCAAGAUAAAGGCCAGCUCCUGCUAGACGCAAUAGAGCGCAGCGGCAAACGCAACCACACCAAUAAGGUGCGCUGCGCUGAAACGCAGACCUGGCCGCUGAGUGAGUGUGAUAAAUAUAAUUGUGAUAUGAGCGAAAGUGAUACAUUUAGCUGUAGGCAAAAGAAUAAUUUAAAUAUGCACGUAGACAACAGCCAUUGUGAUAGUCCUGUUUUGAUAAAACAGGCGUCGGGCGCUCGGAAGAAAAUCACUUUUGAGCGCAACGAGUCUUUGGUUGAUCAGUCACAGAGUACAAAUGAGCCCAAUAUACCCGCCGCCCAUGACCAGGCAAAAUGCCGCAGGAAUUUGGGAAACAGCACGCCUGCAGCGUUCCAUGUGCGCACCGGGUUACCGUUGUGCAGCAGCCCGGCGCCCGCUCGUAAGGGCCAAACUCGCUUCGAUUUUGAUUCUUCGUUGACUUCCGUCUCGGCCAUCAACAGUGCGCUGUUUUCAAGCAGUUUGUCCACGGACGAGGAGAGCGAGAGCGAAGGAGGCAUCGCCUCCCCUUGCAGUCCGGAAAUCUACACGGGUCUCAAAAAGGUUCUCACUCCAGUCUAUCGCCAAAAGGGCCGACCGACCAGUUUGUUAGGGACUUUUGAGGAGUCGGUGCUAAAUGGCAGGCUGGAGCCGGUCUCCACAGUUCAUGGGUUCACUGCUGAACUGGGCGCCAGUGGUUCGUUCGUACCAAAGCAUAUUUUCGUUCCGGUUACUGCCUUCUUUUACGCUCUGGGCGAUCAGGACAGGUUGUCCACACCGUAUCUGGGCCAUAUCAGCUUGGGCAAGAAGGGCUACAAUGUGCCGAAAGUGGGCACUGUUCAGGUCACCUUGUUCAAUCCGUUGGGGACCGUAGUGAAAAUGUUCGUCCUGCCUUAUGAUCUCGCCGAUAUGCCGCCUAAUUCUCAGACUUUUAUUAGGCAGCGCACCCUGUACAUGCCCUCCGGCCUGGGCAGCUGUGAGGCGGAUUUCACCCCCAAGUGGCUGCGAUUCGUCAUUCACAUUAGGUAUUAGCAUAUACUUUCCUGCCUGUUUCAAUUCCAAAUC